AUGAGGCGUGUCACGACUUUUCCACUCGCAAUAUGGAUGAGACAGUUCAAACUACAACUCCCAUGUCGACGCAGUUACUAAUGUUUCGGAAGUAUUAUUAGAUGAACGAAGUUACAUUUUGUCGGAAUUGGCGUGAUUUAGCAUUAAAGUCACACUAUAGUGACGUAUUACUGGUAAAAAAAAAAUUAUUAAAAAGUUGUUUUUACUGACGGAGGCUAACGGCGUUAGCUUUAGCUUCGUGUGUCAAAGAUAGAACGCACGUCGGCAACUCGACUGGCACGACUGAGGUGGAACUUUUAACACAUUAAACUAUAGCAUUUAUAUGUGUAUUACAUAAUUACAAUGUUUUGUAUGCACUUACCCGUACAUACUUCUCGUCGCUAGUUUUUUUAUUGUUUCUGGUGGCUGGCGGAAGGUAGUAAAGGUGAAAGUUGGUGGCUGAAGUGAGUGUCAAGCAGGCUCCUGUCGUACAUGGAGGCUGGAUUUAUUCAGCUAUGUGGCAGGACCGGACAGGAGGGGGGGCGGCCAUGGGCGCGACACAAGAGGCUAAUUGUACCCGCCCGGCUUCUUCAGUCGUGCACUGGAUAGCAAACACGUAGGAAACGAAAUGUCCGGCAGGUAGAUUGUUGUCUUGUUUUAUGUGUUCGAUCGAAUAGGCGUUGAUGUUGCUGUACCGGUGCCGGUUGGGCUUUUCGUGAUGGUAGGAUAUUUGGAUUUAUUGUCAAGUCAUUCGUGUAUUUUUGCUGGUAUUGUAUGGGGGACGUAAGUCACUGCUUUUUUUUUUUUUUUUUUUUUUCAAGCAUAUUUUCAGCGACCUGACGAUAACAAACUGUCUACUACGAGUGCUUAAAAAAAAUCGCGAUUGUCAUUAAUCCGAUUCUAAAUCGAAUCAUAAUUUUCGAGAAUCAGUUGAAAAUAACUAAUACUAAAUUUUUUGGUGCAUGUUUUAUUAAUCUAUUUUUGGAUGAAAAUGAAACUAUUAUUGAUUUUUUAAUUUUUAUUAUUGAUACUGUUAUUUUUAUUAAUUUUGGGUUUUCCUUUAUUUUAGUAUUUGUCACGAAUUGGCACGGUGAGGCGUUUGUGAGCCUAAAAUGCCAAGACACGUGAAGCGUACGUAGCACAAACACUUAAAUCUCUUGGCGUAGCAUGAUACAAGGAAGCAAAACAAUUAACUUGCCACACGGACAUCUAGUAAGGGAACGUGAAGCGAACAUUGGUCCUGCGCUGAAUGGCCGCCGAGACUGGCAUAUAAAGGGGCUUGAUUGGGAUUAUCACCAAACAGAGGCCGGUGUGCACACUCAGCGCCCCUAGCAACGAGAAGAGGCCGGGGCUGUGAACAGUGGCGCCAUUGACGUGCAGCAGCAGUCCAUUCCCUCUCUGGAGGAAAGGACGGGGAAGCAGUUUGGAAAGUUCCCAUCACUCACCUUGACUUAUGCGCUCAAAGGUGUGAGGCAACUUAGGCGCCUUUUGCUCCCUUUCCGUCCACGCGCUCCCGUCAGGAGUGAAUAGGUGCUGCGGAUGCAGGCUGUACGUUUUCUGCUGUGCCUCGGCCUGGUCGGGGUCUACGCCGGGGCACAUCCGGACAGGGCGACCCAAAAGUAUGGCAACCACCGGAGUCGCAGAAGUCUGGACACACGCGGCCAGAGCUGGUUGGACAGCAACUGCAUGUGGCUGGCAAGGCUCAAAAACCAAAAACUGGAGGUGGUCAGUAAGCUGUCGAGGGCCGCGGAAGCUGUGAAGAAAGACCGAAGUCUUACAGAAAUGGAGCGGGGUUUCCAGGUACACAAGAUACAGGUUUUCCAGAAGGAGUUGAACGAGAGCGAGCGCAUGGUGUUCCAGGCGUUGCGCAGCCUGCAGAGGGCGCUGCAGGGUGACUACAAGGAUGUGGUGAACAUGAAGCAGAGCAGCAGGCAGAGGCUGGAGUCGCUCAGGGCCGCAGCUAUACAGGAGGAGGAGGAGUACGUUCAACUGGUGGCGGCGGAGAAACACCAACAGGAGGCUGUGAAGAGCGUGCUUGCUCGGAAUAAGUCCAUGUCCAUCGUGGACGAGAUCCUGGAGGAUGUCAGGAAGGCAGCAGACCGACUAGAAGAGCAGAUUGAGGAGCAUGCUUUUGACAACAACAAGCAGAUGCACGGCGUGAACGUGGAGGCGGUGCUAAGAGUGGGGGAAGACGAGGAGGAUGGAGGCAAGAGGAACAUGUCCAGUGAGAGGGAGGUGGAUGAAGACCUGGGACUGAGCAUGCUCAUUGACUCCCAGAACAACCAGUAUGUGCUGACCAAACCCAGGGACUCUACCAUGCCGAGAGCAGACCAUCACUUUAUGAAGGAUUUGGUGUCGGUGGUGAUGUUGUCCCUGCCUUGCGGUUGGUUGUGCAAUCUGGUAGGUCUUCCCCCCAUGUUUGGAUACAUCAUUUGUGGCGUCCUCCUCGGCCCAUCUGGUCUCAACAGCAUCAAGUCCAUGGUCCAAGUGGAGACCCUGGGAGAGUUGGGGGUGUUCUUCACCCUCUUCGUCGUGGGACUGGAGUUCUCACCUGAGCGCCUUCGCACGGUUUGGAAGACAUCCCUUCAGGGCUCCCUCUACUUGUGUCUGCUCAUGGUUGUUUGCGGGUUGUUGGGUGGACAAGCACUGUGCAUCCGACCUGCCCAGACCGUCUUCAUUUCCACGUGUUUGUCCCUGUCGAGCACCCCGCUAGUGUCUCGCUUCUUAUCGGGGGCCAGCAAAGGGGAGAAGGAAGGUGACCUGGAAUACAGCAGUGUACUGCUCGGGACCUUAGUGAUGCAAGACGUUCAGCUGGGCCUCUUCAUCGCUCUCAUGCCCACCAUGACCAAGGUUCAGAGUGGAGACGCAGACAGCUUCGUGUUUGGAUGUAUGCGAGUGCUGUACCUCCUGGCCCAGAUCCUGAUGUCGCUGGCUGCUGUGCUGCUCCUCUGCGUCUUGCUCAAGUACUUUGUGGUGGGCCCCUUUUACAAGAAACUACACGCCGAGAGCAGAGGCAAAAAGGAGAUCCUGGUGCUGGGGGUAUCAGCGUUUGUUUUUUGCAUGAUAUCGGUAACAGAGUUUCUGCACGUUUCGAUGGAGUUGGGCUGUUUCCUGGCCGGAAUGUUGCUGUCCUCCCAGGGUCACCUGGUCACGACAGAGGUCUUGGGUUGCUUUGAGCCCAUCCAAGAUUUCCUCGCCAUCAUCUUCUUCGCCUCCAUCGGCCUCCACGUCUUCCCCACAUUCGUACUGUAUGAACUCACCUUUCUGGUGGCUCUGACGCUCACACUCGUCAUCCUGAAGUUCAUGAUGGCCGUGCUGGUGUUGUCUGUGAUCUUGCCGCCCAGCUCUCGUCACAUCCGCUGGGUUGUCUCAGCCGGUCUGGCGCAAGUCAGCGAGUUCUCCUUCGUCCUCAGCAGCCGUGCGCGGCGUGCCGGCAUCAUCUCCAGAGAGGUGUACCUGCUGGUUCUAAGCGUGACCACCCUCAGCUUGCUGCUGGCACCCGUCCUGUGGAGAGUUACUACGCACAGAUGGGUGUCACGAGCCGUCUUGUGAGCAGCCCCAGUUUCAGGACCACAUUCUUGUGAAGCAUCUCAGAGUUGACAUACUCAGUUUUAAAUGAACUGGGGCGUAUUAAUCGUAACAAUAUCAAAAGAUAGUUGAAAAGGUCACAGAUUGCAGAUGAGACUAACAUUCUUUACUUGACAAAUGAGGUAGUUAAAAGCAUUUACUGUCAUUUUAUUGCAAUAACCAAAGACAAAAUCAUUCUUACAGCAAGUUGAGCAUUAGACUAAUUUGAGGAGUAUGAUGUCAUUGACUUACUUCUGAGAAUGUAUCUAUCAUUCUUUGCACAGGUGUAUCCUUUACUGACACCAACCACCAUCAUUCCAUGCUCUAUGCACUCUA